AUGAGCGACGACGCCGGCGACGCGGAGAAGUUUGUGGUGGAUUUGAAGCAGCCUGGGAUCGGAGAUGGAGUCAAGCUGGGCAUCAACAUUCCGAAGGAAAUUCUGGAAAAACUGUGGGUUGACUCCGAGUUCCCGUUGGACUACACCUCUAUUGGUAUCAAGAGGGAAGAAGCUCUCAGCGUGCGAGGGAGACUUUUGGACCAUGUCUGGUGUCCCAUCAGUUACGUCCAUCCCAAGAAGCCGCUCUUCCCGAAGGAUGGUCAGAUUGAUCCGGAGCACAAUGAAAUUGGGCAAUAUGUCCUUCGCCUAUGGUGCGAAUACUACCAAGAAUGGAUCGACGUCAAAGUGGACUCCUUCGUUCCGAUUGACUUAGGUGGAGGCACGGCCUAUGAGGGGAAACCCUGCGUCUAUGUGAAUCCCACGGAUGAUUCUGUGUGGAUGUGCAUUUUGGAGAAGGCCGUCGCCAAGAUCCUUGGAAACUACAUGCAGUUGAAUGGCGGCUUAGUCUCUGAGGGUUGGAAAAUCAUGUGUGGGGCCUCUGAUGCAGACGUUGAGAACUGGCAAAUCAGUGCGGAUGGAUGGGGGAAGAUGAAGAUGCCAUUUGAUCUUCAAGAUUUGGAUGUUGAGUGGGAUGAAACCACGAAAAGUUACAAGGAUCCCAGCCAUGCAUGUGGCCCACUCACGCCGGAAGAGUUCUUCAAGUAUGUGGAAGAAUGGGAUUCCAAGAACUACCUGAUGUGUGCUGGCAUCGUUGCCAAGAAGAAUCCUAACCUGAAGUAUGAGGAUGUGGAGGAAUCCGAGGGCAAUCUGGAAAACGGAUUGGUCACCCUACAUGCCUAUGGUGUUCUGGGCUCCUACGAGGGACAUGGAGUCCAAUUGGUGAGAGUCCGAAAUCCUUGGGGCAAAAAGCAGGAAUACUAUGGUGAUUGGUGUGAUGCCUCAGAGAAAUGGAAGGAAAAUCCUGAGGUGGCCAAGGCCGUGAAUUUCCAGCCUCGUGUGGAUGGCGUCUUUUGGAUGACGAUCCAAGAUUUCUGCACCUAUUUCACCCUGGUGCAGGUCUUGAAGAAGAGUCAGCCUGGCAAAAGGGCGGUUGAUACUCCUUAUGAGGAAGAGCGCGCAGUGAGAGUGAAGGCUCAACGUGAAAAGGCUCAGCGCAUCAGGCAGGAGCUCUAUGACAAUGGAGGAUGGUACACCGAUGAAGCGGUGAGUUGGAGGGGUGGUGAAAAGAACCCCGGCAUGCGAAUCUUCGAGGAUCCGGCGCUUUUCGACAUGGUCACAAAGGCCUACAUGGAUCUUUGGGGCAUUCCAGAAAACAAUGCGAAGGACUUCGCAGAACAUGCCCGAACUGCACUACCUCCAAAGAUGCAAAGAUACCUGGCCAAUCAGAAGAAGGAACAAAGUAAACCAAAAGGUCCAGCUCAAUGGAUGAAAGCCGCCUCUAAAGGUCCUCCUCUCGACAAGUUGGAAGCGACUCCUGGUGGUGGUCCAACAUCUCCGAGCGCUGCUGGCAGUGGCUUGGGCGCCGUUCGUGCCUUGCAGGCGGAGCCGUCCUUCUCCGCCUUCGCGGAAAAGGACCCCUUGGCUUUGUCGGAUGAAAGAAGGGCCCAAAUGUUGGCUGAAGAUGCAGCCAGGAUUGCGGCAAUGAGAGCUGAAAUGACCCAAAACACAGCGCCAGCCUCUACACGACAUCCAAUGAAUGCUGAAGAAGCGGCCGAAAUUGCCACCAGAGAUGAUCUGACUCAAACCGAGAAAUGGGAGAAGAUGGGCAUGUUCUGA